AUGGCUUCGAAAUUGAGUAAAUGUUCAGAGAAUCAGAUAGCAGCAAUUCUUGAUACACAAUCAAAUUCUGAUUCAGAACAAGAACUGUAUUUAGUAGAUAAAUUAAAGAAAAAGAAAUGUUUAAAGUUCCAAACUGCAACAAAGGAUGAUUCAGAUGUGUCCUCAGAUACAGAAAAUGUAUUUCACAAUGGUAAAUACUCAUUACCAAAAAGGAAUGUUUCACAGAAAGAAAAAGCUUCUCUUAAAGUCAAAUUGAGAAGAUCUACAGAACAGAGUUUAUAUAAAAUUUAUGCAGACGCUGAUCAUGAAAAACCUAUAUUUAAAUCUCAUAAUCCAGUUUUAAGACAAAAGAAGGAAAUUUGUUCAGAAGUAAAAAGUAAAGAAUCAUCUAUUAAUAACAUAGACAGUGUUGUGAAAACUAUAGCUGAUAGUGCUCAGAAAUUGACAGAGAAUCAAAUUCAGAAUGAAGUAUUAAGAAGUAGUAGAAUUAGAAGAGCACCUAUAAAAUAUUCUUCUUACCAUUGUGAUUCAUUAGUUAAAAGUCCUCCAGCGAAUUCACCAUCUUUGAGGAAUAGAAAAAGCAUUAAUUAUAAUGAGGAUAAGUUACUAAUUAACCAUAUUGUGUCAAAUAUGGAAGCAGAAAAGAAAUUAACGAGGCAUCAUGGAAAUAAACGUUCAGACAAUUCUAUACAUAAACACAAGUCAGAACUUACACCAGUAAAUUCAAAUAUAAAAAGUAACAAAAGGAAUCGCAUUCCUUCUGUAAAAGAUGGGAAUGAUAGUGGCACAGAUUCUGCAAUAGUGAAAAUAAAAGCAUUGAAAAAGUCCAUUAAAUCUGAGAGUAGUAUAAAUGAUAAAUUGAGUCAUGCACCAGAAAUAAAGGAAAUAACAAAGAAAGGAGAUUUAUUAAUAUUAACAUCUACAGGCAGUACACCCACUAAAUCAAAUAAACAAAAAAGGGUGAUUUGUGAGGAUAGAGAGAAAAAUAUUCAACAUACUAAUGACAAUGACAAUGACGAUAAGGAAGAAUAUCUAGCUGAUAUGUAUAAACGUAUUAAAAUCUCAUCAGCAGUUAAAAAUGUUACUCCUACCAAAGUGGAUAGGCAAAAGUGUAUCUCUGGAGAUAUUCAAACAAGUGUUCAAUUUGAUAAUAACAAUAACAGUGGGACAGAGGAAGAAUGUUUAGUUGAAAUGUACAAACACAUUAAAAUCUCAUCUGCAAAGAAAAAUAUUUUAAUGCCACAAAAAAAAAAUAAUACUCGACAAAAAGGUAGAGAGUCAUAUCUGGAAGAGACUCAUUUGAGUACUCCAAAAUCAUGUUCAGUAAAAUGUAGUAAUUUAACACCAUCAUUGGGCAAAAGAUAUAGUACUCUAUUAAAACCAAUUACACCAUUACAGGAAGCUAGAUCUAGAUUACAUGUUAGUGCUGUACCAAAGUCUUUACCUUGCAGAGAAGAGGAAUUUAAUAAUAUUUUUACAUUCCUUAGAGGAAAGUUAGAAGAUAAAAGUGGAGGAUGUAUAUAUAUAAGUGGAGUACCAGGGACAGGUAAAACAGCAACUGUAAAUGAAGCUGUCAGAUGCUUGCAGAAAUUGACACUAAAAGGCAGAUUAGAUGAUUUUGAUUAUGUUGCAAUUAAUGGCAUGAAAUUGACAGAGCCGAGACAAGCUUAUGUACAAAUUUUAAAGCAACUGGAUAAUAAAACAGCUACUUGGGAGCAAGCGUACCGCAUUCUUGAAAAAAGAUUUGAUAGAGCUACAUCUAAAAUGACAUUACUCCUUGUGGAUGAACUGGACUUUUUGUGCACAAAACGUCAAGAUGUGGUGUACAAUUUAUUAGAUUGGCCAACAAAGUCAACCGCGCAGUUAGUGGUUAUUACUAUAGCCAAUACUAUGGAUCUACCUGAGAGAGUUUUAAUGGGUCGUGUUACGUCGCGUUUAGGCCUAACACGAUUAACUUUCCAGCCUUAUAAUUACAAGCAGUUACAGGAAAUAGUAAUGUCUAGACUUAAGGAUUUUGAUGAUUUUAGAAGCGAAGCUGUACAACUUGUUUCGCGAAAAGUGUCUGCUGUAUCUGGAGAUGCUCGACGAGCUUUGGACAUAUGUCGUCGUGCUAUGGAAAUUGCGGAAUCGCGAAACGCCAAAACGAUAUCUCUUCAACAUGUAACACAGGCUGUGUCCGAAAUGAUCGCAUCGGCAAAAGUUCAGGCUAUAAAACAUUGUUCAAAAAUGGAGAAAAUGUUUUUGCAAGCAGUAUCUGCAGAGGUGGUGCGGACAUCGAUCGAAGAAGUAUACUUUAAAGAUGCGUACAAACAGCUUGAAUCGCUGUGCUUUUUUGAUGGCAUUGAAAUACCGAGUGUAACGGAAGUACUUGCUGUUUGCGGACGAUUAGGUGCCAAUAGAUUGUUAAUAUGCGAACACUCCAGGAACGAUAUAUAUCAAAAGAUUUUAUUGAACGUUUCCACGGAUGACAUUCACUAUGCAAUUCAAGAGUUAGAUUUAAAUUCGAAAUAA